GGGAGCGGCGCGCCGUUGCGAGAAAUAUGCUGAUACUUUUUAAGUUCACCCGGAGUGCAUGACCGAAACAUAGCGGUCUACAAACAUUGCAGACUGCAGGUUUCCUCUUUUUUUCGUCCUGGGAUUGCUGAUAAAAUGCAGCCAUGUACCUCGUGCCGCAGAUGCGCUUUUGAUAACAUUCAAGACGGACUCGAGAUUGUUCACAAGAUAGAUUGUAAUUAACACACACUUCCGUAUCACUGAGCGGCGUCAGCACGGACACGCACUGAUUUACUGCAUUUGAUUCAGCGCAGAUGUAUUACUUGCCUGUGAUGUUUCCAAACUUCACCGAUAGCGAUCUAAAUCCAGAAAGCUUUAAAAAGCAGGAGGGUGCGCACAAAGUUUCGGAAGAAUGAAGAGAUUCGGGGGGAAGGAUGAGCUGCCGGGGCUUCGCUUCUGAACCGGCGCCGCCGAUGUGUCUAUGGCGCUGCGUCACGCUCAGCCUCCACUGCUGGCUUUUCGCCGCCGCCGCUCCCAGCGACGCCGGGCCCCUGGGGUGGCUCCUCUCCGAUAAGGGGCCCUUUCAUCACUCUCAGCAAUUCACGGAGUUCGUGGAGCGCUACCACCAGGGUUACACCACUAAGUACAAGAUUUACAGGGAGUUUGGACGUUGGAAGGUCAACAGCUUGGCACUAGAGAGGCUGGACAACAAUGGCUUCGUCCUCCCCCUUGACCCUGAGUUUAUGCAGAGUGUCCGAUUGCUUGGGAGAAGACCUAGCCUCAGGAAGAUCACGGAGAAUAUCAUCAAAAAAUACGGCACUCAUUUUCUGCUCUCUGCUACACUUGGAGGUGAGGAGUCACUGACCAUAUUCGUGGAUAAGAGGAAGCUGGGGCGGAUGACGGACGUCGGGGACCCCAACAGCACAACGGUGACCCUGGAAGCUCUGCACCAACUAGCAGCCUCAUACUUCACAGAUAGGGAGAGCACAUUGAGGAAGCUGCACCACCUGCAAAUAGCCUCCACUGCCAUCAAGGUGACUGAAACCAGGACAGGUCCUCUCGGAUGCAGUAACUAUGACAACCUUGAUUCUGUCAGUUCUGUUCUGGUUCAAAGUCCUGAAAACAAGAUUUAUUUACAAGGGAUGCAGGUAAUUCUGCCCGAGUACUUGAGGAUCCGCUUCGUGCAGGCGGCCCUUAGCUACGUCGCCUGUAACUCUGAGGGUGAGUUUGUUUGUAGAGAGAAUGACUGCUGGUGCCAGUGUAGCCCCGGAUCUCCCCAGUGCAACUGCCCCCGGGUGGAUAUUGGCGCCAUGGAGGACAGCCUGCUUCAGCUUCAGGAGGCCGGCGGCACGGCCAGGCGCGAGUUCGAAGAAUCCGGUGAAUUCCAGAAUUUUCUGCGGAGGCUGCCAACGUUCUACGCUUUGAACUCGUCUGCCGUCCAGUACUUCUGGAAGAUAGACCCUGAUGUUCAUCAGAGGUACCAGCAGCUGGAGAUGAGCACGCAGCAGCUGCUAGGCAAAGCACAAAGAAUCACUCGCAAGCUUUUUACUCUCAGCAAGAGGUGCAACACUCAGCCCAAAGUCAUCACACUGAAAGGACGAUCUCUCAGCCAGUGGCUGAAUUAUAUCCUGUCCAUCAUGUACUGCAGUGAGAACAAUCAGAUUGGGAGCUACAUGGAAGAGACGCGCAGUUGCUCCUGCCCGUUCGGACACUCGCCCUGUCAGGGCGUCAUCCCAUGCAUGGUUGGCGAUGGCGCCUCCUGCGCCUCAUGCACCUCUGAGAACCGUGGCCGGUGUGCCGCCUGUAACUCCGGCUACAUGCUCAGUCAGGGAACCUGCAGGCCUGAGGUCCCUGAUUCCACGGACCACUACAUCAGCUUCGAGACAGACCUGCAGGACCUGGAGCUGAGAUACCUGCUGCAGAAGCGGGAUGGCCGCAUCGCAGUGCACGCCAUCUUCAUCAGCAACGACGUGAGGAUGAACAGCUGGUUUGACCCAUCGUGGAGGAAACGGAUGUUGCUCACGUUGAAGAGUAACAAGUACAAAUCCAACCGGGUGCACAUGCUGCUAGGAAUAUCAUUCCAGAUCUGCUUCAGUAAGAACAGUAGUCUAGAGCCAGUGCUGUCGGUGUAUAUCAAUCCCUUUGGUGGGAGUCACUCAGAAAGUUGGGUUAUGCCCAUUGAUCAAAAUAGCUACCCAGACUGGGAAAGGACGAAGUUAAACACAACUCUCGACUGUUACAACUGGACGUUGACUUUGGGCAACAAAUGGAAAACCUUUUUCGAGACGGUUCACCUGUACCUGAGAAGUCGUGUUAAGGUGACAUCAGCUCAUGAAAACAGCACUGUCUAUUUUGAGCCGCUGGACUUCAUGGAGACGUCCACAAACCUGGGCUACAUGAAAAUCAACAGUAUGCAAGUGUUUGGCUACAGUGUGAACUUUGACCCGGAAGCAAUUCAGGACCUGAUUCUACAGCUGGACUAUCCGUACACUCAGGGAUCUAGGGACUCGGCGCUGCUACAGCUGGCGGAGAUCCGAGACCGCGUCAACAGGCUGUCUCCGGCCGGGCCACAAAUCCUCGACUUGUUCUCGUGUUUGCUCCGCCAUCGGCUGAAGCUGUCCGCCACUGAAGUUGUCCGGAUUCUCGCCGCUUUACAAGCUUACAGUGCCAAACAACGAAGUCCUAUCGAAUAUGAAACGACUAAGUUAUGUAGCUAAUGUGUAAAUGUACUAAAUAAGACAUUUUUGUCAACUUCUAAAUCUGACGCUAUUGUGGGAAAGCUCAUCAGUGCUUUCCGAAUGAUGUUGGAUAAUAUUGCUAUUGUUUUUGGGAAAAAAAAGUAAUUGCAUAAAGAAAUCUGUGAUGUGAAAACCACUCUUUGGGGAAAAUCAUCUUUACUGUUGAAUGGCAUGUAGAUCCCAUUGAUCAUUCACAACUUACAAUAACUGAAAUAUAUUUCUGAAUAAGAACCCUAACUAUUUUCUAGCAUGCCACUUCUGUGUUGCUGAUUUUUUUCAACAUUUUUUUAAAAUAAUUAUUAACCCAGUCCACUGUUAAUAAACUCACAUGCCUAGAGAUCACUGUAGCUACUUGUAAUGUUUACUUUGUAGUUUUAUGUACACAUCUACUAAUGUCAUUAAUUCUGCUUGCUCUUAAUAUUUCUACCAAUAUUUGUAACAAAGUAAUUUUAAGAAAAAAAAACCUGCUGUAAAUAAACAGAUGGCAGUAAAGACGCA